AAUGUAACUCUGGUUCUGAUCCAUUUGGAUCACAUGUAUGGCUUGUAACACCUGAUCAUUUUCAGCAUUAAAUCCUGUUUUUCUAUAACCAAAUCUCUUUAUUUCUCAAGGUGAUUUACAAUGAGGGGUUCUGGUCGGGUCCUGAAACUGGUAAACGGACCUGGUGGAGCACAGAGACAGAAAUGAUUGAACUCUAACAAAACUAUGAGGAAACUGAAGCUCCACGCCUUUCCUCAGAACUGAUCUGGAUCAGAACCGGUUCAGCAGCAUCUGGAUCAGCCAAUCAGCAGUGGAGUUUCCUCCUGUGUGUCUCUGCUGGUUCCAGUAGAAACGCUGAUCUGGUGUCAGAGGUGAUCCGCUGCUGGGAUCUGAUGGAAGCCUCUCUGUGGUUCUGAGAGGAAGAUGAUGAUGAUGAGAUGAUGAUGAUGAUGAUGAUCCUCCUGCUCGUUUCCCAGCAUGCUCUGGGUGGAGUGGUGGAGGUUAAUGAGGGGGCGGAGUCUGUCCUGCUGCCCUGCGUUUACUCUGGUCAAACACCUGGAGAUCCGUUCCUCAUCUGGACUCGCAGUGAUCUCAGUCCUAACUCUGUCCACCUACGGAGAGAAAACGGUGACGAUCUUAAAAACCAGAACCAACGUUUCAGAAACCGGACCUCCAUGAAUCCUGACACUCUGGAUACUGGAAACUUCAGCCUGACUCUGAGGAAACCUCAGCAGUCUGAUGGAGGAAACUACACCUGCAGCAUCUCUGGUGGAAGACGAGAACGGAAACUGAAACAGAUUCAUCUGAAGGUCAAAGCUGAUCAGCAGGAGGUCGAGGUCACUGAAGGGUCAGAUUCUGUCAUCCUGCCCUGCAGAACAUCAUCCCACCUUCCUGAGGACACAUCAGUGGAGUGGACCCUGUCAGAACCAGAAUUUAUGGUGGUUCACAGCAGCAACCAAAGAAACCAGGACAGAUUUUACCGCGACCGAACAGAGAUGAACAAAGACUUCCUGAUGACCGGAGACGUCAGCCUGACCCUGAGGAAUCCCACACACAGAGACGAUGGACGCUACGUCUGCACCGUCUACAGAGACCAGGACGUCCUGAGACACACUGUGGUUCUGAAAUAUGUCAAGAAAGAACCCUUUCCAUCCUGGGCCACAGCUCUGCUGGUUCUGCUGGUUCUGGUUCUCAUCGUCUCUGCAGGCGUUUUAUAUCAUUUUAAAGAUUAUUUCCUGCCAGCUACACAAGUGAAGGUGGAUCCAUGGGCUAAAUCUGUCCUGCUGCUCUGCAAAACCAGCGUCUACCUGCCUGGAGGCGCUAGAGUGGAGUGGAGGGACGGAGAGAACAAGACGGUUUGUGUGUAUCCGAAUGGUUCUGAUGAUCUUGAAGAACAGAACCUGACCAGCAGAACCAGGAUGAAUGACAACCCACUGAAGACUAAAGACCUCAGUCUGACUCUGGAACGUCCCUCAGUGGCAGACAGCGGGAUCUACACCUGCAGAGUCAGGAAAGGAGUCAUCCUGAUGAUGAAACGGGUUCAUCUCCAGGUCAAAGAUAUUGUUGGUCAGUAUCAGCCUGACCUUAAAGAGUUUCUGAAGAUGAAGUUCCAGAGUCUCUCUGAAGGCGUCGCUGAACCUGGAAAUCAAACCGAUCUGAACCAGAUCUACACAGAACUCCACAUCACAGAGGGGUUAACUAGAAAGGUCAUCCAGGAACAUGAGUUUAAAGUCCCACCUGGAAGUGAUCAACCAAUCAGAACAGUGAUGACCAUGGGAGUGGCUGGCAUUGGGAAAACACUGUUAACACAGAAGUUCACUCUGGACUGGGCUGAAGGCAAAACCAACCAGAACAUUGAUUUCAUAUUUCCAUUCACUUUCAGAGAGCUGAAUAUGUUGAAAGAAGAAAAGUUCAGUUUAUUAGGACUGAUUCAUAAAUUAUUUUGUAAAACCAAAGAAAUCAGCAGCUUUGAAACGUUCCAGGUUCUGUUCAUCUUUGAUGGUCUGGAUGAAAGUCGAUUUACUCUGGAUUUCAAGAACAAUCCGAUCCUGACUGAUGUUACAGAGUCCAGCUCAGUGGAUGUUCUGCUGACAAACCUCAUCAGGAGGAAACUGCUUCCCUCUGCUCUCCUCUGGAUAACCACACGACCUGCAGCAGCCAAUCAGAUCCCUGCUGAGUGUGUUGGCAUGGUAACAGAGGUCAGAGGGUUCACUGACCCCCAGAAGGAGGAGUACUUCAGGAAGAGAUUCAGAGAUGAUGAAGAGAAGGCCAGCAGGAUCAUCUCCCACAUCCAGAAAUCAAAAACUCUCCACAUCAUGUGUCACAUCCCAGUUUUCUGCUGGAUCACUGCUAAAGUUCUGGAGGAUGUGAUGAAGACCAGAGAGGGAGAAAAACUGCCAAAGACUCUGACUGAGAUGUACAUAGCAUUCCUGAUAGUUCAACUCAAAAUCAAGAAGGAAAACUCUGAAGUCCAAACCGACCCACCUGACUAG